AUGGAUGGGAUCUUAGGCAAAAUGAGUUGGAAACUCAUUCCUUGUUUAAGAUCCGAGCUCCGUCUCGAUAUCGUGCUCAAAUGCGGGCAAAGUUUCCGGUGGAAAAGCUUCAACGAGCAACCCGAUCAAUGGAUCGGCGUGCUUGAUUCCCGGGUUUGGCUCUUGUCCCAAGACCACGACCAUUUGAAGUACAAAACAUUUCCCAAGGCGGAAGACUCCCUAGCUUUGGAUUCGUUUCUCACAGACUACUUCCAACUCAAGGUGAAAUUGGAACCAUUAUAUAAAGCUUGGGCCAAAGAGGAUCCAGUGUUUGAGAAGAUUUCAAGCAAGUUUUCUGGAGUGCGAAUGUUACGACAACAUCCCGUUGAAAACCUCUUCUCUUUCAUAUGCUCUUCUAACAACAAUAUUCAAAGGAUCUCAGGCAUGGUCGAAAACUUAUGUAUUCAUUUUGGAACCGAGAUCUGGAACAACGAGGACACGUCUUAUUUCACGUUUCCUUCCGUGGAACAACUAGCUCAGAAGCCAACCCAAGUGGAAAAGAAACUUCGCGACUUGGGUUUUGGUUAUCGAGCCGCUUAUAUCGCCAAAUCGGCGAGACAAAUAGCCGAUAAAGGCGGCGAGGAAUAUUUGAUGAAGCUUCGAACAUUGCCCUACAUAGAAGCCCGAGAUGAAUUGUUGAAACUGACAGGAAUUGGGCCUAAGGUCGCAGAUUGUGUACUUUUGAUGUCGUUGGAUCAGACUGCAGCGAUUCCAGUGGAUACGCACAUGUUUCAAAUUGCAGCUACCAAAUACCUACCUCACCUAAAGGGCUACAAGUCGGUUACAGAUAAGGUCUACAAAGAGAUUGGGGACCAUUUUCGAUCGCUUUACGGAGAUUACUCUGGAUGGGCUCAUUCGGUAUUAUUCAGCGCGGAUUUGAAACAUUUCCAAGAUAUUGAAUCGGAUGCAAACACCAAACCAGAUGUGAAGCCCAAAGACUCCAAAUCAUCUGGACCCAGCCGUCCCAAGAAAAGGAAAAAAUAACUGCCUUUUUGAAUGAAAUACCAAGGCCCAAAUCUACGAUAACGGACAUGUUAUUUACAUUGGGUUGUUUUGAACCAAAAGCACUUGUACAAUCGCCA